AUGUUCAACUCUUUGAUCUAUGUCGGCUUUGCGACUGGCAUUCUGGUCGGCACAUGGACACAAGCUCGCUGGGGUCGAAAGUUCACCGUCUUCGCGAUGAGCUGCAUCCCCUUCGUCUCCACCACGAUCAUGAUAACGUCCAAGGAACGCUGGCAGCUUUUGGCCGGUCGAGUCAUCCACUACCUUUACGCCGGGAUGGAGCUGGGCUGUCUGCCCGUAUAUCAGGCUGAGCUGGUUCCUCAACAAGUUAGAGGCCUUGCUGUUGGAUCAUAUCAGAUGUCCUAUGGCCUCGGCAAUCUCCUGAUGAAUCUCGUGGUCAAAGGCACUGCCAGCCUUUCGACCGAUGCGUCCUGGAUGAUCCCUUUUGGGCUGUUCUACUUUGUGCCCCUCGUCGUCGUCAUCGGGUCGCAUUUCAUCCCAGAGUCUCCUCGAUGGCUUGUGCAGAAGGGUCGGGUGGCCGAGGCUAGGGCUGUGCUUCUACAGACUCGAGUAAACCCCACCGAAGAGAGCAUAGAUCGAGAGAUUCGGCAGAUCCUGCUUGUUCUCGAGGCGCAAGAUCAAAAGGGCCGUUGGGCCGACAUGGUCAGAGGGAACAACUUAUUGCGAACGACGAUCUGUUUCGGUUCGGUUUUUUUCAAUCAAUCUACGGGCCAAAAUUUCGCCUCGUCGUAUGGGGCAAUCUUCAUCAAGUCGAUUGGGUCAGUCAACGUCCAGACGAUGGGAAUCGUCAACGCCUUGGCCGGUAUCGUCUCGACAGGCCUUGCUAUGCUCACUACCGACCACCUCGGUCGUCGAUUCAUCUUUUGUCUGGGGGCCGCAGUACAAUGUGUGGCUCUUUUCGCCAUGGCCGGCUUGGGUAUGGUGGUACCGUCAACUCAUGCGACCGGGGUGGCCAUCGUCUGCAUGAUGACCGUCUACGGUCUCGGAUAUGGCUAUGGUAGCUCGUCGGUCAAUCACGUUCUCAUCGCCGAGGUACCGCACCAUACCCUGCGCGACAAGACGCAACGAAUCUGCGGAUGGACGAACAACCUCACAGCGUUUGUGGUGGCGUACUCUCUCCCCUACAUGCUCAAUAAGCCUGGAAACCUCGGCCCGAAGGUCGGCUUCAUCUUCGGGCCAAUCGCGUUUCUAUCCCUACUGUGGGGUGUCUAGUGCAAGGGACGUACAUUGGAGGAGGUCAAUCUCCUCUUCUACCACAAGGUGCCCGCUUGGAGAUCUGCCGCCUGGAAAGCCCCGGGCAGCAACAUGCAAGACCUUGAGGACAUGACGCGGCACGGGGGCGACUCUAGCGGCUCCCACGGUAUCGAAGACGGAAAACUUGUCCUCGAGGAGAAGGACGCGAUCGCUCAUUUGGAGGACGCGAAGGCUUCCAAGGCCGGCUGA